AUGAAUAUCACGGAAGUUGACAUUCACAAACUUCGUGAGGAGCUCAUGACUCCCGCAUGGAAUGGGCCGCUGAUUUUUAUUGGUGACGUUGGCGGAACGAGCGCCCGCUUGGGCUUUGCACGUCACCACAAGGAUGACUCCUUCUGUGUUGCAACCACGCGGUACCACAUGGAGAGCAAGGACAUUACGGACCUUCUGAAAUUCUUUAAAAAUAUUAUUGAAGUGAUGCCUGCCUCGGUUAUCGCACGUGUGGCGGCGGGUGUGAUCAACGUGCCUGGCCCUGUCACAAACAGUGCGGUGGGUGGACCCUUCAACAACCUGAAGGGAAUUGCGCGUCUGUCAGAUUACCCGACAGCACUUUUCCCGCCGGGUCGCAGUGCCAUUCUUAACGAUCUCGAAGCAGGCGGAUUCGGUGUGUUGGCUGUCAGUGACGCACGCGCCUUUCCUGAGUACUUCGAACUGAUGUGGAAAGGCAGCCACUGGCACGUGUGCGAGCAGCGGGCGGCGGGGUCCGUUCUCGGCCGUGGUCGCUGCGUUGUGCUGGCGCCUGGCACUGGACUCGGGUCAUCUCUCAUCUACUAUAAUCCCAUGGAUCAGGAGUAUAUCGUUAUUCCACUGGAGCUUGGCUCGCAGACCCUCACAAUGCGGGACGACAUCGGCUACAUUCAGACCCUUAAAGGGGAGCUGAAGCGUCUUCCUAAUUUUGAAAACAUGGUGAGCGGGGCUGGACUGGAGUUUCACUACAGGCAGGCGGUGGGUGGACGCAAGCCGCCGCGCUCAUCCCCACAGAUUGCGAAGCUUGCAAUUGAGGGUGACGCAGAUGCUUGCAAGGCUUUGGAGAAGUUCAACGAGUACCUUAUGCGCGUUGGCAGCGAGGCGAGCAUGGCGUUUGUGCCCCUUACCAUUGUCAUCGUCGGGGACAAUGCCGUGAACAAUAAGUUCUUCUACGAGAAUUCGGAAAACUUGAAGAAGAUGCAUCGCGAGGCACUCAACCACGAGAUGGAGCGCUUUGGCUUCCAGAGUCGUGUGACGUACCUGCGCCAGAAGAAGUUCUUAAACUUGAAUCUGCUUGGUUGCUACCGGUGCGCCCUGAACCUCACCGCGAAGAAGACGCCUGCGGCAAAGCUGUAG